AUGACAGCAAAAGCUUGGUAUGCCUUUGUGCGAUGUUUUGUGCUGGUGAUGUGCGGUCACGCCAGGUUGGAUCAACAGCGGCAUCUUGCAGGAACAGCCGCCGGGUUGUUGCUAUUCUUGGUCGGUCUUGCAAAGACCUUUCACAACCUCCUCAUCAUGACCAGACGAGAACGCGACCAGAAAGGCUGUCAACGCAGCGACACCUCGAAACAGGACGGCGGAGUUACGUGUCUCUUCGGCAGACAGUGCUCCCAUCUCAUACCACUUCUCUACAACAAAGGACAAUACAAGCUUCGCCUUGCGGCCCACUCCCAGGACUCCGCCAAAGCACUCGAGUCCAGGUUCCCAGAUGCUGAAGUCGCCAUCACCGACCUGACCAGCCUCGCCUCCUGCCAGAAACUCCUCCAUGGAGCGACUUCUGUCUACCAUGUCGGCCCUUCUUUCCACUCUCGAGAGAAGGAGAUGGGCUUCAACAUGAUCGAUGCGGCCGUCGCGGAGCGCCAGCGCUCGGGCAAUGUCUUCGAGCACUUUGUCUUCGCCAGCGUGCUUUCGACCCAACACCGAAACCUGAUGCAGCACGACCUUAAAUCCUACGUCGAAGAACGGCUCUUCCUCAGCCCACUCAACUGGACCAUCCUCAAGCCGACGAACUUCAUGGACGCUUAUCCGGUGGCUAUGCUCGCUCAGCAGGAAAAGCCAGUCUUGGAACGGCUCUGGAACGUCGAGGUUCCUAAUUCCAUGAUCGCUCUCCGAGAUCUCGCAGAAGCUGCUGCCAAAGUCCUGACCGAGCGUGAGAAGCAUUAUCUCGCGGAAUACCCGCUUUGCUCCACCAUGCCUCUGAGCGACCGCCAAGUGGCAGAGGCCAUCAGCAAACGGACUGGAAAGGAAAUCACCUGCGUAUCGCCACCACACGAGACGGGAGUGCGGAAAGUUCUGACCUGGCUGUUCGGAAUGAAGGAGACCUCUAGUGCGGAUCUGGUCUACGCUGAUACGAGUGAUGAUGCGUAUGCAGGUCGUGCGCUUGCUAACACGGGAGACCUGAGGGCUGAUCUGGCGAAAGAUGAGGCUGAGCGGUUGAUUUUGUUUUAUAAUAGGCGUGGUUUGUUGGGAAGCCCGAAUGUGCUGAGGUGGGUGUUGGGGAGGGAGCCAACGACGCUGGAGGAGUGGAUUGAGAGUCAGAUGAAAGAAGCUGGACUUGCCUAG